AUGGCUGAAAAUGGCGAAGAGAAGCUCAUUGCCGUUGCCCGUCACAUUGCUAAAACUCUAGGUCACACAGACAAUGCCAUGACUGAUGACAUACUCCAAAUCUUCUCUAACUUUGAUGGAAGAUUACGCGAGAAGCUCAAUGAAAACUUAAACGACGGAGACGAUUCACGAAACGGUGUAGCUGCGCUUGAUCAAACCCUUAAAUCUCUCGAUCGUCAGAUCUCUAGAUACGUCACGGUUGACCACCCGAUUUGGUCAGAUUCCGCCGACGCGUCCACCUUUCUUGACGCUGUCGAUGAACUCGUUGCCGCGAUCCGGGAGUGGACGCCGAUGGCAGCUGAUAAAGCAGUCACGGCGUGCCUUGACCGAGCCGAGGAUCUACUCCAACAGUGUAUGUUUCGGCUUGAGGAGGAGUUUAAGCUGCUAAUGGAACGCGGCGGCGCUGAUCCCUUCGAGAACACUGACGGAGGUGGCGGUGCUUAUGUAGAUUCUGAUGAUGAAGAAGACAAUGAUGAAUACGAUGAAGCAGAGAUUCCGGUAGCGCAUCCGGUUUCGGACUACAACAUCAUAAUCGACGCUCUCCCAUCCGGUACGAUCAACGAUUUACACGAGAUCUCGAAAAGAAUGGUCGGUGCGGGGUAUGGAAAGGAGUGCUCGCUCGCUUACAGCUCGUGCCGGAGAGAUUUUUUAGAAGAAAGCCUCUCGAGAUUAGGUUUUUCAGGGUUGCAAAAAUCAAAUGCAGCUCUUGAAGAUGAUGAUAACGAAGUCGAAAUCGACAAGUGGAUCAAAGCAAUCAACAUGGCUGUUCGAGUGUUUUACCCUAGCGAACGCCGCCUCUGCGACCGUGUUUUUGGGUACUCCUCCUCCACCGCUGCUGCAGCUGAUCUAUCUUUCAUGGAGGCGUGUAGAAUUUCCUCUAUGGAGCUCCUUAAUUUUGCCAAUGGAAUCGCAAUGGGUAGCAGAGCACCAGAUAGACUGUUCAAAAUUCUUGACGUUUAUGAAGCUGUGAAGGAUUUAAUGCCUGAAUUCGAGGUACUAUUUGCUGAUCAAUACUGUCUGUUCAUUAGAAACGAAGCUAUAGGAGUUUGGAAAAGAUUAGGGGAGUCAAUCAGAGGAAUUUUCAUGGAAUUAGAGAAUUUAAUCCGCCGUGAUCCAGCCAAAGCUGCUGUUCCUGGGGGAGGUCUUCAUCCCAUAACCCGUUAUGUCAUGAAUUACCUCCGAGCUGCAUGUUCUAGACCAACCCUAGAACAAGUUUUUGAUGAAAACGUUGUUCCUCCAGUGGGUGUCGAUAGAUCAUUCUCACCAUCUUCUCCAUUAGCAGUACAAAUCGCCUGGAUAAUGGAAGUUCUAGAAAGCAAUAUAGAGGCAAAGUCUAAAAUCUACAGAGAUCCUGCUUUAUCAUCUGUUUUCAUGAUGAACAAUGGAAGGUAUAUUGUCAAAAAGGUCAAAGAUGAUGAACUGGGUUCACUUCUAGGAGAUGAUUGGAUCCGAAAACACGUAGGAAAAGUGCGACAAUAUCAUGUGAAUUACCAAAGAAAUUCAUGGAAUAAGAUACUCAACACUUUGAAACUGGACAACAAUAACUUAUCUCCCAAUGUUGCUUCCAAGUCCUUCAAAGAGAAACUUAAGCUAUUUAACUCUCAUUUCGAGGAGAUUUGUAGAACUCAAUCAACAUGGGCUAUAUUUGAUGAACAAUUAAAAGAGGAGUUGAAGCUUUCAGUGAAUGGAGCUUUGCUCCCUGCUUAUAAAACUUUUCUUGCCAGGUUUCUUAAUAUUCAAGAUAUUGCAAAAUAUGCAGAGAAACAUGUUAAGUUCAAUGUUGAAGACGUUGAAGAUCGAAUCAAUGGCUUGUUUCAAGGAACUGCUGUAUCUGGAAGUGGUCGGAAAUGA